AUGUCCUUUCCACCUCCUCCAGGUCUCAAACAGACGUCCUCAUCACUCCCACCCCGACCACCGCCAUCCACCGCGCAGCCCUCUGCCGGCGCGGCUGCUAGCCAUGGCGGCAACUCGCGACCAUCGGGCUACAAUGCCUUCACGGCGUUCCAGCCGCGCUCCGUAGCCUCCAGCCAGCCAUACCGCACCAGCAGCCUGGCGGUGUCGGCAGCACCCGUUUCCUCCGCUGGGUACGCGGCCCCGGCGACCAACUAUACCAACUAUUAUCAACAGCCUCAAUCCUACCAGAGCGGGCCCUCCUACUACGGACAAGCCCAGUACAACGAGAACACCUACGGUCCGACCGUACCGCACAUCCAAAACCCUUUCGGCUCCACUCCCAACCAGUCUAAUUAUGGAGGGCGACAGAACUUUGGCCGUGACUCUGGGGUGGACCAUGAUACCGAGGCUCAAAUCGCGCAGUGGCAGAGUGCCUACGCGAAUCCCAACGAGGACCCCGGCAGACGCCGGGAAGGCAACCAGCCCGGAACUGGCGCCAAUACAGGGACUGUGACGCCAUCCACUGUGGGGGUCGGCACUCCUCUCCCCCAGCCCGAGUCGCAGAAGACGGUUGCUCGAUCCGGCGGUGGUCAGACGUGGACUGAUUCUACGCUGCUGGAAUGGGACCCGGCCCAUUUCCGCUUGUUCGUGGGUAACCUGGCAGGCGAAGUAACGGACGAGUCCUUGGUCAAGGCAUUUUCCCAAUACCCGUCAGUACAAAAAGGACGGGUCAUCCGCGAAAAGCGCACGCAGAAGAGUAAGGGGUAUGGGUUUAUCAGUUUCAGCGAUGGUGAUGACUACUUCAAAGCGGCGCGAGAGAUGCAAAACAAGUACAUUGGCUCGCACCCGAUUCAGCUUCGCCGAGCUACGACGGAGGUCCGCCCCACAAACCCGAAGAACGGGAAGAAGCACGGUGGUGGCGCUCGAGGAAACCAACCGGGCAGCAAGGUGAAGCAUGACGGUGUCAAGAAGUCGGGCAAGACCAAGGGCGGAUUGAAGAUUUUGGGUUGA